ACAAGAGACAACUAGUCACGUAUCUCUCAGAUAUUCCCAACACCAUGGCUUUUCUUGGGAUGAAAAUCUUUUUGUCCUGUGUUUUUCUGAUAUACGUUAACGUGGAAGCGGCUCCAUCGCCACGGGUAAGACAACCUCUGGCUCACAUCGAAGCCACCGACAGAAGAGUAACUAACUACGGCGAUAGGCAAGUGAUUAAAGACUGGGAUGUGGGAAAUGUGCACAGCCGUCUCUGGGGCGACAUGAAAUACAGAAAUGGAUGUCUGAUUGUACCUAAAGAUGGAGCGUACUAUGUCUACGCGCAACUGUACUUUCACCGCUACGGGAGAGUGGUGAUUCGCAAGAAUCACCACGAACUUAUCACCAUGCUUCAACAUUCCCACAACGUACCAGAAGGACCCCACUAUGCAGGGGGAGCGUUUUAUCUAGAGGCUGGUGACACCAUAGAGUUACAAACCGCGACAUCUGUCACACUUUACAUGUCGACUGCUCGCUCUUACUUUGGAGCGUUCCUGAUUCCGUGA